AUGAAGAUUUAUCAACCCUUUAUAAAGAAUUCAAAACAUGAUUUUCUUUUAAUGGUAUAUUAUUCAUUAUUAUUUACAUCAUCAUUUUGUAUUGGAUCAGUUUUAUUAGUAAUAUCUUCAAUUAGACAUUUCUUUUUAGCAUUUGAGUUAUUUUGGUUAUUAGUAAUAGCAACAACAGCAAUAGUAAGCUCAGAACAUUUUUAUGGCAUUAUUAAAAAUGUAAUAAGGUUAUGUGUUGCUGUAAUUAUAGGUUCAAUUUUAUCUUAUAUUUCAUUUUCAAUGGUUGGAAGGUCAGUUUGGCCAAAUUGUUUUAUUUUUUUUGUAAUUUUAUUAUUAGGAACUGGACCAAUGAUGACAUCAAAACUAUGUCCAUUUUAUUUAUUUAAGUUUGUUUUUUUAACUUAUUAUUAUUUAACAUUUGAAGAUACAUUUAGAAAAGAAUUUUAUUCACCAAUUGAUAAUUUACUGUUUACAUUAGGAUCAGCUGCUUCAUUUGGAUCGUGUUUAUUAACAUGUCUAUUGUUAAGAGCACCAUUUGCAAAUAUUUUAUUUAUUCAAACUUCAAAUACUCUAUUAAAAAGAUCAAUUUCUUAUAUUAAACAAUUAAAAUUACAAACAAAUUUAGUUUUUUCAAGAAAUAAUAAUUUUAAAAUUUAUUAUAGAGAUAUUGAUGAGAAUAGUAAAAGAAAAACAAAUGAUUUGAUUUUAAAAUUACAAUUCCAACAUCAAGAUUAUAGUGAAAGGUUAAAUCAUUUAGAUCAAAUGUUAAGUGAUAGUAAAAAAGAAUUUUGGGCAAAAAACUAUAUUCAACAUUUUGAAAGAAUUCAAAUUUUAUUUGAAAGAAAUUUAAAGAAAUUAAUUGCAGUUGGACUUAAAAUAAAUGAUGAAAUUGAUGAUAAAAUUAGAAAUCAGAUUGAACCAAUAAUACCUCAAGUUAAUAUAUUAUUUGAUGAAAUUUUAAAAAUUUUUGAAGAAAUGGGUAACCAAUUAAAAUAUAAAUUUAUACAUACAAAUAAUAAUGAUAAUUCUCAAUGGUUUAAAAAUACUAUUGCAAGUGAUUAUUAUAAGAAUUUAGAUAAAAGGGAUGAAAAUUAUCAUUCAUUUUUUUAUUGUCAUUUGGAUUUUGUUUAUAAAAUCAAUGGUUUAAAAGAUAUAAAAGAGAAUUCAUUAGAAUGGAAUCAAAUUAAAAUUAAUAAAUCAUUUGAAAUUAUUGAUGAAACAAUAUCUAAAAUUGAUCAAUUAUUUGAAUCGAUUUUUAAAGAAGCACCAUUAUUUAAUCCAAAUGUUGAUAAUUCGUUAUCAAAAGUUUAUAUAUUAUUAAAAUGUUUUAAUACAUUUUGUUUAGAACAAAAAUUAUUAUCAAAAGAAAUAUUUUUAGUUUCAUAUCAUAAUAGUUUAAAUAGGAAUAAACCACAAGAAUAUUUAGCAAUCGUUGCAACAAUUAAAAGAAUUUGGAAAUAUACUAAAACUUAUAAACAAAGAAAAUUAGAAAAAUUAGAAAAUGAGAGGAAUACUAAUGAAGAUACCACACCAAUUAAAGAGAAAUUUAAAUUAUAUUUUAUGAAUUUUUUAAAAGAUAGAAUUUUAUAUAAUUGGCAAUUUACUAUUAAAUAUUCUUUAGUUAGUGCAGGUGGUGCAGUGGCAAUCUUUGAAAUUAAAAAACAUACAAAAUUUCAAUUAUUUGAAAUGUUAAAUUGGAUGUUAAAUGCAUAUAUUGUAACGGCCGGACCAGAUAUCGGAGCAUUGGGAGCAUUAACAUCUGUUAGAGUAAUCGUUUUAAUUAUUGGUGGAUUUCUUGGAUAUGCAAGUAUAAUAAUUUGUGAAUUUGGUGGAAAUGAUUCAUCAAAAGCAUUAAUUUAUAUUGGAUUUUCAUUUGCAAUUAUAUUUCUAUUGGGUAUUAUUUUAAAUUUUCAAAUAUUUAAAGGAAUGAUAACAAAUAUAGUUUUCACAUUUUCAGUUGUUUCAAUUCCACUUUAUGAAAAUGGUUCAAAUAUAAUUUUUACACUUUAUAGAAUUGGAUAUGUUGUACUUGGUUUCAUUUUAGUAUUUAUCUUAUCAAUGAUAAUACCAUAUUAUGAUUAUAGAGAAUUAGAAAAGAAUUUAUUUAAAAUACCAUUCUUAAUAAUUGAAUUGGUUGAUUACUUUUUUUAUUACAGUUUUGAACAACCAAUUCAUGAAUCAAAUAAAACACUUUUAUCAAUACCUUAUAAUGAAAAUAAUGAAAAUUAUGUUUUCAAUAAUAUAGAUUAUAAUAAUUUCAGUCAUGUAAAUAAUAUUAAUAGUGAAAAAAGUUUUAAAAUCUCUGAAAUGAUAACAAUUGAUCAAUAUAAAUCAGUCUUUAGUGAGAAAUAUAUUAACCUUAGAAGAAUAUUCCCAGCUCAAAGAAAUUUAUUAUUAGAUUCAAAAUUAGAAUUAAUAUUUAAAAAAAGUGAAUUUAAAAACCUAGAAAAUGAUUUAUUAUCAAUUCAAUAUUUUCAUGAUUUAUUUGGAGUUUUAGAAUUUGCAUUUGUAGAAUCACAUGAAACUCAUAUUAGAAUGAUUGGAAAAGAAACCAGAAUACAAGCUAGACGAUUAUUUGAUGAAUUGGAACUAUCAUCCACUUUAUUAUGCCACAUUCAGGAGGAAAGGGAUAAUUUAGGUAGAGUGAUUAGAAGUUCAUCAUUACCUUACAUUUCUCAAAAAAGGGAUAACGGGAUUGAUUUAAUGAAUCAAUUAAUUGACCAUGUUAAUUCACAAAUUUCAAAUUAUAAUAUACCAACAUUAGAAAAACAUCAAUUAAAUGCAACACUAUUUGCACUACAUAGUUUUGUUAAACAAUAUCAUUUAAUAUUCAAGAAAUUAAUAUUAAAAAAGGAAUCUAUGGUUAACAAUAGUAAAGUUUUCAUUUUAAAUAAUAAUAAUUAUAAAAUUAACUCAAAUAUGAUUGAUGUUAAAGAAAGUAUAUUUCUAAAUCAAUAA